AUGGCUCGUACUAAGUGUUGGGCUCGUAAGUCGACCGGAGGAAAGACACCAAGAAAGCAACUCGUUCGAACGAUCUUUGCUGCUGCUCGCAAGACAGCGCCAGUAACAGGAGGAGUGAAGAAGCCUCGUCGUUACCGCCCUGGAACCGUAGCUCUUCGUGAAAUUCGCAAGUAUCAGAAGGGAGCUGAGCUGCUGCUCAUCAGGAAGAUGCCCUUCCAGAGGCUCGUCAGGGAGAUCGCCCAGCUUCACAAGAGUGACCUGCGUUUCCAGAGCCAUGCGAUCCUUGCUCUGCAGGAGGCGGCAGAGGCGUAUCUCGUGGGUCUCUUCUGA